AACAAAAAAAACUGGAAACAGAAGAAAAAUACCAUUGCUUGUUUAGUUUUUUUUUUUUUUUUUUGUCCUUUAUUGACUUUGUCAUAUGUUGCUCUUACCUCAUGGAGUUGCUGUGUUGAGCAUUCAACCUAGUUUAACCUUUGGAAUGUAGGCUGUAUCUGGUAACGGGAAACUACUGGAUCAAGUGGAAGUAGGAAUACUGUCAGAGAAACUUUUGGACCAAAUGAUGAUUGAGGAAACAACAGGUGACGCUCAGGCUAAACUAGAUGAGAAGAAAACUCAAGCAUCCAGUUGUCCUACUUCUGCUGCAUCAGGACAAAGCAACAACACUGGAAAUAAAGAAUCACUAGUACUGAAGGUUGAUGAAAGGCAAAGGCUCGCUAGAGAACGACGGGAGGAGCGUGAAAAGCAGCUCGCUGCUAGGGAAUCUGCCUUUUUAGAAAAGGAAGAAAGGGCUAAGCAGUACUAUGAAAAGCACCUGGAAGAGCGGAAGAAGAAAUUAGAAGAGCAGCGAAUAAAGGAGGAAAAGCGACGAGCUGCCGUAGAGGAAAAACGAAGACUGAGGCUUGAGGAACAAAAGGAGCGACAUGAAGCUGUUGUUCGAAGGACGAUUGAGAGAAGCCAAAAAGCAAAACAAAAACCCAGCAGGUGGUCUUGGGGCGGGGCAAUGCACAGCAGCACAAUCAACACCAGUGGUUCUGUUGAAUCUGCUUUCCUCUUUCUCGAUUUAGCAGGCCUGGAGCACCACUUCCAGGGUGCUUGUGGUUUUCGCAGAUAUGGUACAAAAAUGCAAUAUGCAGACCGGCGGUCUGUUUCCACCAUGAACCUCUCGAAACAUGUUGAUCCAGUCAUGAGCAAGCGGCUCUCCUCCUCAUCGGCAACGUUAUUAAAUGCUUCAGACAGAGCCUUGCAGAAAAGGAGUUCGUACUUGAUCAAACUUCAGUCAAAGCCACGUUCCUCCUCCCGAGGAAAGCCCUCUCAGGAUGCACAGCCAGAUGUUCCUGUGGAACGAAAAUCGCGUCGAAUGCAGCUUAGCCCCUGGGAGAGCAACAUUGUCAGCCGGCUACUAACCCCGACCCAUUCCUAUCUGGCAAGGAGCAGAAGUGCUGUUUCUUUGUCUGGAGAGACAGUUGUCCCCAUUUGUCCCCGUUCAGCGUCUUUCAGUUCCAUGACACCAGCAUCCUACAAGCCUACCCACUGUAGAAGUGUGGAAAGACCAAGGGCUAUUUUCUCGAGCUCAGAGGCCGCUAACCGCAGGAGAACUGUGCAUUCAGUAACGAUUGAAAAAAAGGAAAAAGAUAAAGAAAAUGAGAAAGAGAAGAAAGGUUUAUCAAACCUCACUGCCCCUCCUGCAAUCUCGACAGCCAGGAGAUCUCGUUCGCCUUCUCGUGUGAGCAUUAGAGCAAAGUCGCCCUCUACAGCUCGAGUGCACCACAAAACCCCUCCCUUGCCUGGUACUCCUAAGCAAUUGAAAUCCCCUUCCCAAUCAUCUGAAGACUCACAGGCUCAUAGCCAUCCACUGUCGCCUGGCAACAUGCGGCCAGUGAGAACCAAGACUAACAGAGGUGAAGAGAGUGAGCACCUAGAAAUGAGAGAGGAAAGCACAGAAGAUAAGCAACCUUCAAGUCAACCAAGUGAUUCAAGUGGUGCUUCAGCACCUAAACUGGAGCCUCUUAAAGAAUCUGUUCCAGUCCUGCCACAGACACAUGCUCCAGCCUCGCUGCCUCCCCAACCAGCAGUCGCCAUGGCAAAACCAUCGUCCGGCACUACCGACCCAGAGGAAGCCACACGACUGCUGGCUGAAAAGAGACGACAAGCCCGGGAACAGAGGGAACGGGAGGAAGAAGAACGAAGGCAGAGAGAGGAGGCUGAAAGGCGAGGACGAGAGGAGAUGGCUCGCCGGAAGGCUGAGGAGAAGGCUCGCCGGGAGGAGGAGGCCAGACUGCAGGGAGAGGAGAUGAAGAGAAGGGAGGAGGAGGAGAAACGUGCCGCAGAGGAACAGCAGCAGAAGCUGGCUGAGGAGAGAGCACAGAAAGAGAGUGAAGAGGCAGAGCGCCUGCAGAAACAGAAAGAGGAAGAGGAAGCACGCCUGCGGGAGGAGUCCGACAGGAUGAGAUUAGAACGGGAGAAAAAAUUCCAGAAAGAGGAGCAGGAGCGCUUGGAAAGAAAGAAGCGACUGGAGGAAAUCAUGAAAAGGACAAGAAGGUCUGAUGGUGCCGAUAAGAAGCCUGUUUCACAAAGGAACGGGGAGGUAUCCCAGCAGACUAAAACAGAAGAAACAGUGCCCAGUCAACUGUUUAAACAGACACCUCAGUCCUUGAAGAUAGAGCCGAAGUCACCCGAAGAGCCAGCUGCACAGCACACAGGCAGCAAUGGCCAUGGACAAAUGAACAUUUCAGAUCCACCUUCAGCAGCAGAGGAAAGCACUUCAGCUGCUGAAAAACAUCCAAAAGAAAAUGGUAUUCCUGUACAGAAUGACAGUUUUGAAGAGGUGAUCAACCUCCCUGUUGGAACCAAGACAUCAAAGCUGGGCUUAACUGGAGAAGGAAGCCAGGAUGGCGGUGCAUUUAUUCCUGUACUUGCAUUCAAAGAGAAUGUGUCUCUGGGAUCGUUGGCUAAUGUUGAUGGUGUUCAGUCACAUCAGACAGCAGAAGUUAUCUGAGAAUUCCAGCAGAAAGCAAAGAAGUGGAAGUCAGCGAGAAAGCAGC